CUGUGUUUGAAAAGGUGGAAGUGGCGGUGGUUGCGCCGGUGUAAGAUUUAUUUAUAUUUUAACGAAAGUCUUGUUUAAUCCAAAAAUGGAGGACAUUUUGGCCAAACUGCUCGUUCCUAAUAGCAACACCAUUCAUGAGGGCACCAAAGAAUUAAAAGAAGCUUUUAAAAGGCCGGAGGCUAUUCCUGCAUUAUGUGAUGUUAUAGUCGGUUCUUCAAAUUCCCAAAUAAGACAAUCAGCAGCAGUACUGUUGCGUAGAAAACUUGGUAAACGUAGACAGUGGAACAAAUUGAAUUUAGAUCUCAGAAACAGAAUCAAGCAGGGAAUGAUCCAAGCUUUAGUUAAUGAACAGGAAAAGUUUGUUAAAAAUUCUAUAGCACAGUUUAUUGGGAUAAUAGGAAAGCAUGAAUUUCCUGAUAAUACUUGGCCGGAAGUUUUGCAAUUUAUUCAUACUUUGUGCAGCAGCGACAUUAUUCUUGACAAAGAGAUGGGAAUGUAUACAUUAUCCAUAAUGACUGAAAUAUCUCAAAGUUCUUAUAUUGUGCAUGCCGAGUCGUUUGCGGCCCUGUUUACAAAUAUAUUAUCCGGCCUGAAUGAACUUAGUUCAAAUCUAGCUUAUUAUACGGUUACCACCAUGAAAAACCUAGUGCCAGUAAUUGGAAGUCACCAACAGAUGGUGAAUGUUUACCAUCAGUUGCUUCCACGCGUCUUAGAAAUAAUUAAUGCAUUCGCUAGUGAAGAUGAAAAGCGCGCUAGCGAUCUGCUGGAGUUUCUUGAAGAGUUAAUAGAAUAUGCAGUGGCAGUAGUGGCUCCUCAUAUCAAAAUGACCAUAGAUAUGUGCCUUCAAAUCGGUAGCAAUUCCGCCAUGCCAACUAGUGUUCAGAUUAAGGCUAUCAGCGUAGUGGGUUGGCUCAUACGCUCUAAGGGGAAGGUAGUUCUAAAGAACAAAUUGGUUGAGCCAAUCAUAGAUGUUCUCAUUCAAUUAAUGGCUCAGCAACCGGACGACGAAGGCAAUGAGGAGUAUUUUCUCGGAGAUCCUGAUCAGUUUACAUCUAUAACAGUAGCUACUCAAACUUUAGAUUUGAUUGCUUUACAUAUACCCGCCGACAAGGUUGUUCCGCAUCUCCUAACCAAGGUGGAACCGGCCAUUCAAGGGGGCGACGUUUACGCUCAGAAAGCGGCGUAUCUCUCUCUAGCUGUUUUAGCCGAAGGAUGCGCUGAACGAAUCAGAACGAAAUAUUUGCAGCCGUUUUUAAAAUGCGUCUGUACGGCGAUCCACAAUCCGAACGCGGUUGUGCGGAACGCAGCUCUAUUCGCCUUGGGCCAGUUCGCCGAGCAUUUACAGCCCGAAAUAAGUCAGUACGCGUCGGAACUGUUGCCGGUCCUUUUCGAAUGUCUCGGUCAAGUGCUGCAGCAGAUGGAGGUGGAGAAAAAGGAUCCGCCCAGUUUGGACCGACUCUUUUACGCGCUGGAAACGUUCUGCGAGAACUUGGAGGACGGACUGAUGCCAUACCUCCCGACGUUGAUGGACAGGCUGUUCGUGGCCUUGGACCCGAACGGUUUCUCUAUACAGCUAAAAAAGGUCGCCCUCAGCGCUAUCGGAUCGGCCGUCACCGCGGUUAAACAGGGUAUUUUACCAUAUUUCCAGCGGAUCAUCGAAAUAUUGAAUUUGUACAUCAACUCCGAUCCGAAUUCAGACGUUCAUCAAAUACAGUGUUACGCAAUUGAAACGCUGGCAGUGGUCGCGCAAUUCAUCGGCGAAGAAAAUUUCAAGCCGUUGGCAGAAGAGUCCCUCCAAUUGGGCAUGAGGAUUUUGAGUCAGAGCGAUGACCCCGACAUCCGAAAAAGCGUCUACGCGUUGUUCGCCGCCCUUGCAAUAGUCAUGAAACAGGAAAUUAGUCCGGCCCUCCCGAAAAUUGUUAAUCAGAUGAUCGAAAGUAUACAGAGUAGUGAAGGGAUCGUUACUCACUAUGAUGAAGACGAGAAAGAAGAUGUAAACGUAUAUGGGGAACUGUCGGACGAGGAUAACGACGAUGAAGAAGACAUCGAAGGCGAUUCCUCCGCCAGCGAAGAUUCCACCCAAUGCAGAUACUCUGUCGAGAAUUCAUAUAACGAAGAAAAGGAACAAGCCUGUUUGGCGCUGCGAGAGAUUUGCCUCAACAUUGGAUCGGCUUUCCUCCCCUACAUCGAGAAGAGCUUCGAGGAGAUCUAUAAGCUGAUCAACUAUCCGCAGGACGAUAUUCGUCGGGCGUCGGUGGAAGCGUUGCAGCAAUUUUGCAUAACCUUACACAAGGUAAACACCCAGGACUCGAGGCUGGCCCUGCAGAAAGCGCUGCAGAUGUUUGUGCCCAAGUGCUCCGAGCUGAUCAGGACCGACGAAGAGCGGCAGGUGGUUAUGGUCUGUUUGGACGCUUACGCCGCCCUUCUGGAGGAGAUAAGGGGUGACGUUUUCGCGGGGGAGGGACACAGGGAGGCCAUUAUGAAUUGCGUCGUCGACGUUCUGACCAUGAAGACAAUGUGCCAAGACACGGACUUGGGUGCCCAAGCCGAAAAUAACGACGAAGACGUCGAAGCCGAACAAGAUGAGUUGCUUUUAGAGUCUGCCGGCGAUGUCAUACCUAAAUUUGCGGCCGCCAUUGCUCCGGACGACUUCGCCUGUUAUUUCCCAAAUAUACUCAAGUUGCUCUCGAGCAGAACCGUUAAACAGAACAGCAUUAGUCAAAGAUCGUUCGCGUUUGGUACACUUGCCGAGUGCAUGAAACCGCUCGGCGUGUAUGUGGAGAAGUUCGUUCCGCAACUGCUCAAAAUGUGGCUGACCGGGGCGAGGGAUUCGGCAGAAGAGGUCAGGAACAACUCGAUAUUCGGAUUGGGCGAGAUGAUCCUGCAUGGUCAGGAUAGGAUAUUCAGUCACUAUAACGACAUCCUCCAAGCGUUGUCUCAAGCGGUGGCCAAAGAAACUCACUCAGGGACUUUAGAUAAUAUUUGCGGCGCCCUAGCUAAAAUGAUCAUCGUCAACGCCGCGGGCAUUCCCCUGGAGCAAGUAUUCCCCGCUUUUUUGCAAAAACUGCCGCUGAGGGACGAUUUCCAAGAAAACGAGGCUGUGAUCAAGUGUUUUAUGACACUGUACCAAUUGGGGAACCCCGUGAUGAAAGUCCACCUGCAGGACGUCAUGAAAAUAGCGGUCCACAUUUUUCAAAAGGAUCAAACUCCGAAUGACGAAACGAGAAAUUUGCUGAGGGAGUUUUUGAAGAUGCUGAACAGCGAUUUCCCGCAGGAUUUCGCGAACGCGGUCAGCUCGCUGGGUCCGGACGCCGCCGAAGCGGUCCACAAGGUGUUGUCGCCGUAGUUCGGCGACCUGGACGGUCGGGUACGUAAACAGAGCUUUAAAUUUGUUAAGGAAUCAUUUUCUUCCGAUUAUUUACGUUUGUAAUUCGCGCGCCAAUUGUUUAUUAAAUUAUAUAGAGAUUCUCGCAUCCCUGCAUUUUAUUACCACUUUAUAGAAUUCUAUUUAUUCUAUUUAUUGAACAGUUGAAAAAUGUUAUUUUUGAAUAUUUUGUAAAACUCAUUCUUUUGAGUAGCGGUUUAGGUUCGGACUUCCUAUUUUUUUGUAUUUAUAGAUAUAUUACCUAUAUAUAAACUUCCAUCGAUGGUUGUGUAAAAUAAUAAGUGUAAGCAGUUUAUGUCGAAGAUAUGUGUGUCAUAACCAUCUGGCAUGUUUUUCUUUGUUUAAGCAAAACCGACCACUCAAUUCGGGAUUCACAAGUUUGUUGUUCAAAAUUUUCUGUAUGUUAUUGAUAAUAAAUCGACACUUUUAUUACUUUACAUUUUUUGUAUGAAUUAUAUUGUUAGUUUGAUAUUCGGAUUAAUAAAGAAAGAUGUAAUAAUAA